AUGGGACAAAUUAGCUGCUCAUCGUGCUCAUGCAGCGACAAAGAAAAAGAAGUAAAGCUAGAGCCUGAAAUUGUGGAGGAAAAUCUAAAUAAUACAUCUCGCAUGAGAAGAGCCCAAGCAAGUGAGAUUCCUGAGUCCAUUAUGAAUUUAGAUGAAAUUUCCGUUGAUCUCACGUCAUUAAUAAAAAUACAAUCACUGUGAAGAGGCUACCAAGUGAGAAAACAAUUGAUAUAACAUUAAAUUACAUUAAUUAGAGCACUUAAGGUGUCUAACGGCACACUCCCACUAAAGAGAUAGAGCCAAAAUGGUGGCGUCACAAGCAUUUCUGAUUCUAAAGUCAGCCCAUCCCAAAUAAACCUACUACCCUGACCAGCGCUUCUCAACAGCUCAAUGCUUCCACCCUUGGCUGGCAAUACUCGAAUGACAUUUUAUUUAUCUAUAAAAAAAUUGACGCAUUUAAGUAAAUCAGUAAAUAAGCAGUCAUACUUUAACGAAGAAAUCCCAGUUUUCAAAGAUUCAGGCUCAAUGCCGUUACAGAGAGAAGAAAGAGCUCCGUUUAUGUAUAAGAACGGAGCUGUUUAUAAUGGUCAAUGGCUUGGGAAUUUGAGAGAUGGCUAUGGAUCUCAAACUUGGCCAGAUGGUGCUAAAUAUCAGGGGUACUGGAAAAAUAAUAAAGCAGAAGGGUUUGGGAAGUUUUGGCAUAUUGAUGGAGAUAUUUAUGAAGGUAACUGACGAUAUGAUAUCCUAUUUUACCUAUAAUUGUUUUUUAAUCUAUAAGAAAAUACGAUUUUAUUAUAAUUUUUAAAUAAAAAUUUAGUUUAAAUAGCAUAAAGCUAAUGGAAAAGGAGUGUACUCACACAUGUCAGGAGCUAGAUAUGAAGGAGAAUGAAAAGAUGACCUACAAGAAGGCUUCGGAAUCGAGACCUGAGCAGACGGCAGUCAGUAUGAAGGCUUUUAUAAAUAUGGGAAAAAGCAUGGCUUUGGGCUGUAUAUAUGGAAUGACGGGUCUAAAUACAUAGGCCAAUGAGUAGAAAACCAAAUUAAUGGCUCUGGGACUUACUCGUGAACAGAUGGGAGGAAAUAUGAAGGCGAAUGGGCCAAUAACAACAUGCAUGGGUAUGGAGUUUAUGUAUGAAAGGACGGAAGACGAUAUGAAGGAGACUAUAGGCUCGACAAAAAGCAUGGGCAUGGGAUUUAUACAUGGGCGGACGGAAGAAAAUACAGAGGAGAAUGAAAAAAUGGGAAACAGCACGGACAAGGCGAAAUGAUUAUGGUCGAUGGGACUGUAAAAAAAGGGUUCUGGAGAGAAGGCAAAAAGGUUGGAAAAUAA